AUGAAUCGUCUUGAAAUAACAUCAUCGGAAGAAAUAAAUUCUACUAUCCAAAAUGAAUCGGACAAGGAAUUGAUCAAAACUGAAUUGGAUCCAGAACUUCUGAAUAACCGAAAAUACAAGGCUCACAGAGAUACCAAGAAAACCUUGCCAUUUUCUGAAAACAUUAAACUUACUGAAGUUGAUAUAAAAGCUCGUGAUGGAGAAAUUUUUGUUUGA